AUGCACAACAUUUAAGGGACAUUUUAAUCUAAAGUUAUCUAAAGAGAAUUACUAUCUGAAGAUCUAAGAUCUUUUGACAAUUCUAGAGGAUAUAUUUCCAUUUAAAAAGAAUUUAAUAUCCCUCUAGAAUCUCCAUGGAAGCAAAUAGAGACUAUCAAAAGGAAAAAAGUAAAACUCUUUGAUUCUCCUCUACUUAAUGAUAAAGAGACAACUUCUUUAAAUUUUUCCACAGAUAAAAAAGAGGAGGAUAUUCUUUCGAAAUUCGUUUAAUGGGGCACUUUUCCAAUUAUUUCAUCAGAUGAUAGACCCACACUCCAGAAAAAACAUAUUUAAUAUCCUAAAACAGAAUUUAUGAGGAAUCAUAAUGCACGAAUAAACAUAUAAAAAGAAGAACAAGAAAAAUAUUUUAGAUAAACAAAAACUAGAACUUAAAUGGUUUAAGUUCCAUAAAUAAAUAAAAACAAUCAUUAUGAUGUAAAGGAAGAUAAUUUGAAUUUAAAUUAAUAACAAUAAUAAGAUCCUAAAAUUGCCAAAAAGUAUGCCGAAGAAUUCAACAACUACAUUAUUAAAGAUAUUAGUACAACUCGUAGAAUUCUACCUUGUAAAUAUUUUUAAUUAAAUUAGAACUCGAAAGAUUAUAAAACGACAAAAAAAAAAUUUCUGAAUCCAAUAUCGUAAAUCGAUAAAGAAGAGUAUAUAGUGUAAUAGAUUAAUCAUUCCUUCAAAAAUCAGAUAAUUUAGAUGAAACUAUUGAUGAUAAUUUAGAUUAAAAAAUUAAUUUGAGAAAAAGAAGAACACAGAUUAAAAAGUGCAAACUUAAAAUAAGACUUAUUUUUGUAUUGGCUGUUGUAAGAAUUUCAAGAAAAUAUAUGUAAUAAAUUAUUUUUUAAUAUAGAGUAUAAUUAAAAGAGAGAGCUUCUGGAGUAUCAAAUUUAGAUUAAUAAAAAGUAGUUCAUUAAAAAUUUAUUGAUCAAUUUGGUAUAAAAAAUCUUAAAUAUCAAUAAAAAGCCUUUGCAGAGGGAAUAUUUUCGAAAUUGAAUUCAAUAUUUCAAAAUUAAAAAUAUAUAAAAGAAUGUGAAGAAGUUUAAAGAAAUUCAGAUAUUUUAAAUAGAGAUCUCAAAAAAUAAAGAUUUUGUUAGUUCGUUUCUUUUUUUUUAGAGACUUUAGAUAUUGUAACAAAUUAAUAAGUUAUGUCACCUGUGCUUAUACAUUUAAUGAAUUUAAAUUUCUUUAAAACAAAUAAUACUUAAACUAGUUUAUUUGUUGCAAAUAGAGCUCGUUAUUAUACUAUAUAUAUGCAUGAAAUGACAAAAGACUAAUAAUUAUUAAUAGCUUCUGAAUAUUUAUUAUUCUCAUAAAUAAUUCCUAAUAUUUUUGAAGUAUUUAAUGAUUUAAAUGCCAAAACUUUGGAACAUAAAAAUUAAACUUUAAGUUAUUUAACUGCUUUAUGUGAGUUGAUUUAAAUAUAUUUCGUUGAUAAUUUUGCAAAUCUUGAAAAAAUAAAAAAUAAAAAUGUUAGACCUAUUUAAAGAACAUUUUAAUUAUAAACUGAAGAAAAUACUGGUUUUUCAAAAGCUGAAGUGAUUUAUACUUCAACAAUUAAUUCAAAUGAAUCGAUUAUAGUAGAAAAAGGUUUUGAUAGGUCAAACAUUAAGGAAUUACAAAACUCAAAACCUUAUUGGGAUGAAAAAAUGAAAUAAAAAUUUUCUAAAAUACUUUCAAAUAUUGAAAAAAUGAUCUUGAUUAAACAAAAUUGA